UUUCGUUGCCACAGCCAUUUUAUUCAAGAAGAAGAAGAUCGAAGGAAAUGACGAUGAUGACGGGAGAGUUAUGGACGAGCUUAAGCUCAACAGCCGCGGCUAUAAUGUUCUUCUGGGCCAUUUUCCAGCAAUACUUUCCUUACAACCUUCGAGAAUACCUUGGGAAAUACGGCCAUCAAUUCGUAACCUUCUUCUACCCAUACAUUCAAAUCACCUUCAACGAGUACACCGCCGACCGUUUCAGCCGUAGUGAGGUCUACUCCACCAUCGAGGCCUACCUCAGCCUCAACUCCUCCACUCGCGCAAAACGCCUCAAGGCCGAUGCCGGCAAGAACACCCGCAACCUUGUACUCAGCAUGGACGACCACGAGGAAGUCACCGACGAGUUCCAAGGCACCAAGUUCUGGUGGUCUUCCAACAAAACCGUCUCCAAGUCCCCUGUUUUCUCUUUCUACCCUACCUCCGAUGAGAAGCGAUUCUACAAACUCACCUUCCACAGGCGCUACAGGGAUCUCGUCACCGCCUCUUACCUGAACCAUGUCAUGGAAGAAGGCAGAGCUGUCGGAGAAAGAAAUCGGCAGCGAAAGCUCUACACCAACAACGCCAAGUCGGUGUGGAGUCAUGUGGUGUUCGAACACCCGGCCACGUUUCAGACCCUGGCGAUGGAGCCUAGGAAGAAGAAGGAUAUCAUGGACGACCUUGUUAAUUUCAGUAAGAGCAAGGACUACUACAAGAAGAUUGGUAAGGCUUGGAAGCGAGGCUACUUGCUGUACGGACCUCCUGGAACUGGUAAGUCUUCUAUGAUUGCCGCCAUGGCAAAUCUCUUGGAUUAUGACAUCUAUGAUCUCGAAUUGACUGCCGUGAAGGACAACACGGAACUGCGGAAACUACUGAUCGAGACAAGUCGGAAGUCGAUCAUUGUAAUCGAAGAUAUCGAUUGCUCGCUUGAUCUAUCUGGCCAAAGGAAGAAGAAGGAGAAAGAGAAAAAGGAAGGGGAAGGGGAAGGAGUCCCAGAAGCCGUUAAAAAGGAAGAAGAGAAGAAAAAUGAUACGGAGAGCAAAGUGACUCUAUCUGGGCUUCUCAAUUUCAUAGACGGGCUCUGGUCGUCCUGCGGAGGAGAGAAGCUAAUCGUGUUUACCACAAACCGUGUGGAGGAAUUGGACCCUGCUCUCAUAAGAAGGGGUCGGAUGGACAAGCACAUCGAGAUGUCGUACUGCAACUACGAAGGGUUCAAGGUGCUGGCCAAGAAUUAUCUGGACCUGGAUUCACAUCCUCUGUUCGAGACGAUUCAUGGGUUAAUGGGUGAAACCCAGAUUACACCUGCCGAUGUUGCAGAGAAUUUGAUGCCUAAAUCCUUAGGGGAAAAUUCCAAGGUUGAUUGCCUGGAGGCACUGGUCAGCGCUCUCCAAGUGGCUAAAGAAGAAGCGAGAGUCAAGGCCAAGGAAGCAUUAGCAGCAGCGGCAUCCAGAGAAGAAGAGUCUUCGACGGCGACCAAAGAGGCACAAGAGAAGGAAUCGUUAACCAGAAGUGAAGAUAAGGAGUCCGAGUCGACCCAGUUGGAAAACAAGAACACGGUUUGAGGAGAAAACCAGACCGGACCAACUAGCAUUAGG